AUGAAGACGUGCAUUGACGAGCGGUUCGCCGAAGACGCUUCGAUCACCCCUGUGGCUCUGUUUGGCAUUAUUUGCAAGAAAAUAUCCCGUCUCACGCUCGAUGGCCCUCCGCCGCUCCUUAGUCAAGUACAGAGCCACACCAAAAAAUGGCACAUGAUAUUUCGCGACCUGAACAACCUGCACGAUGCACGAAAUGAGGAUGAAUACUUGAAAAGAAGGUCAUUCAUUCUAGCUUCGUGGCGCUAA